AUGGACAAGGUCAACGUUACGGGGUUGAAGGCGCUGCGGAAUGAGAUGAUAACGUUCGUCAAGGGGGAAGUCGACAGGAAACGGGCGGGCCAUGUCGGUAUUGCGGCCGACGACUGUGACGACGACGGCGACGAUCCCCCUUCGGCAUCCCAAGCUGUAGGUGUCGCCCACACCGUCGACGAUGCGCGGGGGACUCCACAAGGAGAGCCAGGAGCCGACGUCGACAGGAUGGAUGAGGGGGCAGGAAGGGCGGUGACUGGAACCGCAGAGGAGCACCAGGACGACAACGGGGAUCGGGAAGAGGCGGAUGACGAGGGUCAGGAAUAUGAGGAAGAGGAAGAGGAGGAGGAGGAGGAGAAGGAAAAGGAGGAAGAGGAAAAGGAGGAGGAAGAGGAAGAGGAGGAGGACGACGACGACGACGAGGAGGAAGAUGAGGAGGAGGCGGCGGUUGUCGGGGAGGCGGAGAAGCAGCAAGAGGGGGAGGAAGAGGAAGUGGUCGAGCUAGAGAUAAUUGAAGAGGUGGUGGAGUGCGACGACGGAGCGGAGAAACCGGGUGGGAGGACGGCGGAUGUUGUGAACGGGGGUGUGGAUGAGGCCAACGACGCCUGCGUGGGGGCGGCACCCGGGCGGAGCGAGAAGGUCGUGGUCGGCGAUGUGGCUGGCGUCAUGGCCGGUGUAGGCGGGGAUACCGCAGCGGCAACGACGCGGACGGGAAUGGAUGGGCCUACCGAGGCCAAGGCGGUGGGGGAGUGGUCAAGGAAGAAGAAGGCGGCGCGUGGUCACCCCGGUCCCGCGGCGUCCAGUCGGCAGGCACCGGUGGACGUAGUCGAGCUGUUGCGAGCGGAGAACACGAGGUUGCGGGCCGACAACGCACGCCUGCAGGAGUCGCUCAAUGACGAGACGAGACGGGUCGACAUCUUGGCGAAGGCGGUAGCUGGACUCCUCGACAAGCUCACGGCGUUGACCGCACAGGUCCCCGCCACCGACCAGAAAGCGGCAAAACGUAUCGAAGACGCCACUUCGGCCAUGUCGACCACUAUCGCCGACGAGAUCACCGACAACAUCGCGGACGCCAUCGACGCUACGAAGUCGGUGUCGCGAUUUGUGGUGGACUGGCUGAAGGAAAUCAGUGGUCCCCAAGGAACGAUGGCAGUCGAACGCGCAACAGCGGUAACCUGUGUUGUCGACCACCAGAAUGCAGUGUGGAAAGGCCUGGAGGAGACCAUCAUCAGCUACAUCGGCGCCGCACAAACCAACAUUGCCGCCGCGGUUUCUCGCCCCAUCGUCCUGCCGACGCCGCCACCUCCUCCUCCCGCCCCAACUCAAGCCAUACCGGAAGAGUUCCUUCAGUCGUUCAAGGCCGACGUGCUGAAAGCGGUGACGGAGGUCACACAGCAGUCGUUUGUUGCGUCCGGGAUGAAGGCAUUAACCGAGAUGAUCAGCAAUGCGGCGCCUGGUCGACGCGAGUCGUCGCCGUCGGCCAACGACGCUGGCCAGGCGCAACGACAGGAUGCUCAGAAGCAGGGUCGGAAGAGGGGUGCCGGAGGCGGAGGGGGAGACGGGGGCGAUUCAGCAAGUACUAAGCGGAGCAAGGGGGGAGAUGGGAGCCGCGGCGUCGGCGCGGUGGGUCCUGGCGGCUCGCGGACUCAAGGUCAGAGCGUGGUCGACCAGCUCAAGAAAAAAGGGGCAGAGGUGAUAAGGUUGCACCGCAAGGGCGAUGGGAUCUGCAGUGCAGAUGGGGGCCCUGCCGACGAGGUUGCCGCUCCAAACGCUGUACCAACAGCCCCGCCCUUGGUCCCCGACCAGGAGACCCCCACACCUCACGCGGCGGGAGAUGGCGGCGCCGGAGCCGUCAAGGGUCCGUCAGUUGGGGUGGCGGAGACGACGUCGACUCCCAUUGACCCCCCUGGGGCCAGCAGGGCGCCGGUCGGCCAGUCGGCCGACAACAAAGUUGGGCCGGAGAUUGCGCCGACUCCUGCUCCAGCAGUCCGGACUGCCGCCACGGGCGACGCGAAGGACGCUGCGGCUAACCGCGAUGCUUCGGCCACCAGAAAGCCGGAUGCGCUCAGGGAACUGCUCCACCGCAUGGAGACCCAUCGCAAGGACGUGCAGCAGCCUCCCUCGGUCGAUGCCGCCCCUCUCGAAACAGAGCGUCCCUCGGUUGCUCCGCAAGUCGCCGCCGCUGCGUCCAACGCCCCACCUACCGCGCCUCAGGUCGCCGCCCGUCCUCCCGCGGACCCAAAGUCCGCAUUGCUUCGCGCCCGGUUAGGCGCACGUAGUGCGGCUGCACCAACACGUACUCGGCCGGCAGCCGGCUCAGGCGCGAAGCAGACGUCGGCAGGCGUGGCUGAUCCCACUCCCGGUGCAGCUGUUGUCGAUGCGGCGGCGGAGAAGGGCGUGAGUGCAGCGCUAGCCACCGGUGGCGGAGGCGGUGACCCUGCACAGGCGGCGAAAGGCCACAACGACGCCGACCUCGCCGCCAUCCAUAACCUGUUGGAAGCGGUACAUCGCCCCGGCCCUCCCCCGGCGCUGGCCAUCUCAGACACGGCGCAUGUGGGGACCGCGGCGUGUCCCCCUGGUGGUUCAGCGGUGCCAAAGACGUCCAGUGGGACUGUCGGCGACGGAAAGGCGAAGCGGAAUGGGAAGGCCGACACAGGGACAGGGAGGGCGAGCUCGCAGAGGAUCACACGGGCGAACUCAGCUGCGGAGCAGAAUCAGGAAGAGAAGUCGGUCGGCGAGGGUACGUCGGCGAAGAAAGGGAAGGAGAAGGCCGCGGACAGCACGGGCGACGGGUUAGGGUGGGUGGGCGAGAUUAAAGUGCUCAAUCACAAUCGGUACAUCGGCAAGUCACGCGUCAAGAUGGAGCUGGCGUACCUGCACUCGAUCGCGUUCAUGGUCUACGACGGUUACGUCAGCAAGGUCCUCAUGGACGAACUCACCGGCUUGAAGGACGCCGAGAUGGAGGAGUGGAGGAGGGUGUGGGAGGAGGUCAGGAUCCUGCCGACAGGGAUGUGGACGGUGAUAUGGGCACGGGGCGCGUACCUUCCACAAACACGGUUCGAUGACAUCCUCGACAAGUAUCGAGCGUACAAGAGCUCAGGCGAUGCGCACCACGACGCGCUCUUGCCGGCGAUCUGGUUCCCCGUCGAUGCCGACACGAAGGAAGGCCAAGAGAAGGCGGAUGCUGCGAUGUCGGCCCUGAUUAGUCGCGUGUCCAUGUGCGCGGCGUAUGGGAAGGUCGCUGCGAGCGUCGUGGAGAAGACGGAGCUGGUGGCACAGGCAUGGGCGGCAUCGGCUUCCGCCUUGUGGUGCUUAGUCGAGAACGAUGACGCCUCCGUGGACGAUGCUGCCGAGAUCGAGAGGGAGCACCCCCUCGGGGAGGUCAGGCACAACGUCGCGCCGGCGCUGCAGAGUGCCGCUCUGCAAAAGCUCUAUCCGGGGAGGGAUGCAGAAGUUGAAGCCGCCGUGGUCGCUAGAGCGAUGGUGGAGACCAUGGCGUUUUGGGGAAUGUGCCCCGUCGCCGGGCCGAAACUCGAGGAGGUCGGCAUCGCUGUGCCUUGUGACGCGCAGAUGGAGCAUGAUUUUAAAGAGAGGGGAAAGAAGGGGCAGAGGGGCAAGUAG